AUGUACAUCUUGAACUAUUUACUUCUUUUCAUAUUCACUGGAAUUAUAGUAUCAGGAGCUCCAGCACCGAUAAAGAAGAGAGGUUACGUCACCUUAUAUUCAACUAUUAAUGUUCAAGCUCCAGCAACCGCAGCAGCAUUACCAACAACAACUGCAAUUCCAGUUCCACCACCAGCUCCUGCAGCAAUAGGUCCUGCAACCACAGCAGCAGCAGUUGCAAUCACUCCAGUCGUCCCUGCAGCAGCAGCAGUACCAACAACUACCCAAGCACCAGUUGCUGCCGCAGUUCCAACAAUAUCAGUCGCCGCUGCAGUAGCUGCACCAGUAGUAUCACCAGCAGCAGUGGCACCAGCAGCCGUAACCACAGCAGCAGCAGCAGCACCUGCUACGACAACUUCAAGUUCUGGUGGAUUAUUAAGUAGUGUUGGUAAAGCAAUUUCAUCAGCAUUUAGUGCAUUCUUUGGUACUUUGGACGAUGAUGAUACUACCUCAACAACUGCUGUUACAACUCCUGUUUCCACUCCAGCUGCAGCAGCUGUUCCAGUUGUCUCAACUCCAGUUGCAGCAGUAUCUCCAACUUAUGCACCAACAACAUUAACAACAUCAACUUACAGUAGUGAAAAUCUUUUUGAUUUCUUAUUUGGUGAUUCUUCAGGUUCUGGUUCAAGUUCUGUAGCAGCAGCAGCAGCUCCAUUGGUUGCACCAAGUGUCUCGGCAGGCCUUGCAGGUUCAAGUGUCCAAUCAAGUUUACCUGUUACAUCUUCAGUUUCUGCUUCAAAUCCACUUGUUUCAUCUGGUACUGGUAGUAAUGCUGCUUAUGCACCUAGUAUCAAAGCAGCUCAAUCAGCAAAAGGAAUUACUUAUUCACCAUAUACUGAAGCUAAUGCUUGUAAAACUGCUGCCCAAGUUGCUUAUGAUAUUGAUCAAUUAAGUAAUUUUGAUCUUAUUAGAUUAUAUGCUACUGAUUGUUCAGGUAUUCAAAAUGUUAUAGCUGCAUUACAAUCUCAUCAACAACUUUUCUUAGGUAUUUGGGAUAUUGAUGAUGCUUCAGUUACUAGUGGUUUAGAGGUUAUUCAACAAUCUGUUGGUACCACUUCAAGAGGUUGGAGUAUUGUUCAUACAAUUUCCAUUGGUAAUGAACAAGUUAACUCGGGUACAGCUACUCCAGCUCAAAUUCAAGUUGCUGUUGCUGCAGCUAGAAGUUGGCUUCAAGCCAAUGCUUCUCAAUAUACUGGAUAUGUCGUUUCGGUUGAUACAUUAGUUGCAGUUGUAAGCAAUCCAUCAUUAUGUCAAUAUUCAGAUUAUCUUGCCGUAAAUUGUCAUCCAUAUUGGGAUGGAGGGGUUGAACCAGGAAAUUCUGGUCCUUGGUUACAAGCCCAAAUUGCUAAUUUAGAAAGUGUUUGUAAUAAUGGAAAAUCAGUUUUAAUCACUGAAACUGGUUGGCCCACACAAGGUGAUACUUUUGGUACUGAUGGUGUUCCUUCAAUUCCAAAUCAAACAUCUGCCCUUCAAAGUAUUAUGAGUGUGUUAUCAAGUCAAGUUAUUGCAUUUACCUUAUAUAAUGAUUAUUGGAAAGAACCUGGUCCACAAAAUGUUGAACAACAUUGGGGUAUUUAUGGUAACCCAGCUGCCUAA